AUGGAUUCCCUCGAGGAACCCCCGACGAAACGGCGAAAAGCGAGUCCGCGAGAGAUUGGGGUGAUGAGGAAAUCGUCGGUCGAUAAUUCCGCCACAUUUUUGGGCAGCUCUAGCGGCGUGCAUUUUAUCCGCAUCGUCUACGACGCUUUCGCGCGACGCUCGGCCCAUUUGAAUCAGAACCAGUCACAUUCGCAAACAACAACACUCGUUCCUGGGGAAGACGACCAGCUGGCCUCGAGUCCCCUUGCGGAUGCUGCCUCGUUGAAGAAUGAGUUGUGGAUGCCACAUGAAUUGGAUCAUCGGCCCACGACAACGGGGAAAGUGAAGCCGCCAUUCGACCAUCUCGUGCAAUGGACACGCAGCUAUUUCGACAAUUGGCACCCAAUGUUCCCCUUCAUUCUGGGACCGUCAUUACUGACAAUCCUGGAGAAAAUCAGCCUGGUCGGACUGAACGGGAUCUCGACGCCGGACGUCAUCCUCGUGCGGUCCGUCGUGUCCAUCGCCCUGAUGGACCGACGACAAAUGAGCGCGCGGGGAAAGCAAGCACCACCGCCAGUGCCCGCGGCACUGGUCUUUCGCACGGUCGCGCAGGCUAUGGAGAGUCUGCACGCGUUGUUCUGCGAUCCACCGACCAUCGCCAUCCUACAGGCCGCGUUCGGCGUUGAGCUGUUCCUGGCGUCGGUGUUGCGGUUGAACGCCGCGUCGCGCAUUGCCGGUGUUAUCGCACGCACCGCCUUUCAUUUGGGAUUGCAUCGCUGUCCGGCAAGGUUUCCGUGCUUCGGACCCGGAGAUGAGGCGCUGCGGCGCAGACUGUUUUGGUCGAUCUAUUGUCUCGAGAGAUACCUGUCGCAGGCGCUGGGGAUUCCUUUGGGCAUUCGGGAUGACGACGUGGAUGUCUGUUAUCCAGGGACGGAGAGACAUGGGGAGAGUGUUGACGACCCCCGUCUCCAUCUCAUUACACAUCUGGCGCGGUUCUCCCGUGUGCGCGGGCUGGUCAUCGAACUCCGCAACAAAUCCAUCCUACACAGCCAAGAGUCCUCCAUCACGGCGACUCACGUUACCGGCGAGUUAACACACUGGUGGAACCAAGUCUACGACGAUGUUUACCCCGGCGACGAGGACACGACAACAACACCGGCAUCAACAACGCCGCGUCUGGCACCGCUCCAUCGGCUACUCCUCACCGUCCUACGCCACGAAUCCAUCAUCUCGCUUAACCGGCCUUUGCUGGCGGCGGAGUCUUCGUCUCCGGAGUACCGCACCGCACUGCAGAUCUGCAUCGAGUCGUCGCGGUCGCUGCUGACGGCACUGCGGGGGGCCGAAGUGCCGCUGGUGUGGCCGUCAUUCACCUGGGGGGUCUGGAUGAGCUGUUUGAUCCUAGUUUAUGCCGCAUGGGAGGGUGAGUUUCCUAUUCCUGCGGCGGCGAGGUAG